AGGAGGCGCCGCUUGCGCGUGUCAACUCUGGCUCUCUCUCGGUGCCGGGGAUGCUCGCUCACUCUCUCGCUCGCCUGCUCGCUCUCUCGCUGGCUGGCGGGGAACAGCUGUUGCUGGGCGACUGCGAGCGAGCGAGCGAGAGCCAGCAACCAGCCAGCCAGCCUUCCUUCCCUUCCUCCUUCCUUCCUUCCUUCCUUCCUCCCCUCUCUGCUCACUGGAGGCGCGGGGAGGAGGGACCGCUCUUGGACCCAAAAAGGCCACCCAGCCACCCCUCCCCCACGGGCCAGUAAGCUUAACGGGGGGCCUGAGCAUCCCGAUCCAGCCCCGCCAUGAAGGGAGAGGCAGGCGAUUUUGAAAGCCCUCAAGAAAUAUUACAGAAUAUUCAGAAAAUUUCACCAAAUUAGACAACUAAAGCUAAUUCCAGUAUGCUUAAAAGGAAACAGAGUUCUAGGGUAGAAGCCCAGCCAGUGACAGAUUUUGGUCCUGAUGAAUCAUUAUCAGAUAAUGCAGAUAUUGUGUGGAUUAACAAACCAUGGGUCCACUCCUUACUACGCAUCUGUGCCAUCAUAAGUGUCAUUUCUGUUUGCAUGAACACCCCAAAGACCUUUGAGCACUAUCCACCUCUUCAAUAUGUGACUUUUGCUCUUGAUACACUAUUGAUGUUUCUCUACACGGCAGAAAUGAUAGCAAAGAUGCACAUCCGUGGCAUAGUCAAGAGACAGAAGCCCUCUUUGGGCAUUCUCUUCCACACUGUUGUAGGGACAUGGACCUGUGCUCAACCAUCCGUUCAUAGGAUGGAGUUGGGAAAAGGUUGGAGGUUAACAACACCACAGCCAUUUCAGAUGUUCAAGGGGGAUACCUCCUAUGUGAAGGAUCGUUGGUGUGUGUUCGAUGGAUUCAUGGUUUUUUGUCUCUGGGUGUCAUUAGUUUUACAGGUGUUUGAAAUUGCUGAGAUUGUUGACCAGAUGUCACCUUGGGGAAUGUUGAGGAUCCCCCGGCCACUUAUUAUGAUUCGAGCAUUCCGGAUCUACUUUCGCUUUGAACUUCCAAGAACUAGGAUAACUAAUAUUUUAAAGCGUUCAGGUGAACAAAUUUGGAGUGUUUCUAUAUUUCUUCUGUUCUUCCUGCUUUUAUAUGGCAUUCUGGGAGUGCAAAUGUUUGGACCUUUCACAUAUCAUUGUGUAACAAAUGAUACAAAGCCAGGAAACGUAACCUGGAAUAAUUUGGCAAUCCCAGAUACACAUUGUUCAAAAGCAUCAGAAGAAGGUUACCAAUGUCCACCAGGGUUUGAAUGUUUGGAUCUUGAAGAAUUGGGGCUGAGCAGGCAAGAGCUGGGCUACAGUGGCUUUAACGAGAUAGGUACAAGCAUAUUUACUGUUUAUGAAGCUGCUUCUCAAGAAGGCUGGGUCUUCCUGAUGUAUCGAGCAAUUGACAGCUUCCCUCGGUGGCGCUCCUACUUCUAUUUCAUCACCUUAAUUUUCUUCCUUGCUUGGCUUGUCAAGAAUGUAUUCAUUGCUGUCAUCAUUGAGACAUUUGCUGAAAUUCGUGUUCAGUUCCAACAGAUGUGGGGAUCCAGAAGCAGUACUACUUCAACAGCUACUACACAGAUGUUUCAUGAAGAUGCUGCAGGAGGAUGGCAGCUAGUAGAUGUUGAUGUGAAUAAGCCUCAGGGCAGAGCGCCCGCAUGUCUUCAGAGAAUGAUGAGAUCCUCGAUUUUCCAUAUGUUCAUCUUGAGCAUGGUGGCUGUUGAUGUCAUUGUCGCUGCUAGCAAUUAUUACAAGGGAGAGACUUUUAAGAGCCAGUAUGAUGAAUUCUACCUUGCAGAGGUUGCAUUUACUGUCCUGUUUGAUCUGGAAGCCCUCCUGAAGAUCUGGUGCCUCGGCUUUACUGGAUAUAUCAGUUCAUCUCUUCACAAGUUUGAACUACUACUAGUUAUUGGAACUACUCUCCAUAUUUAUCCAGACCUCUAUCAUUCACAGUUUACAUAUUUCCAGGUACUUAGGGUAGUUCGACUUAUAAAGAUUUCUCCUGCCUUGGAAGACUUUGUAUAUAAGAUUUUUGGACCUGGAAAAAAGCUUGGGAGUUUAGUAGUAUUCACUGCCAGCCUGUUAAUUGUAAUGUCAGCAAUCAGUUUGCAGAUGUUCUGCUUUGUAGAAGAACUAGACAGAUUUACAACAUUUCCAAGGGCUUUUAUGUCAAUGUUCCAGAUUCUUACACAAGAAGGAUGGGUGGAUGUCAUGGACCAGACUCUAAAUGCCGUUGGACAUAUGUGGGCGCCUGUUGUUGCUAUCUACUUCAUACUUUAUCAUCUUUUUGCUACCCUGAUUCUGCUGAGUUUGUUUGUUGCUGUUAUUUUGGACAACUUGGAACUUGAUGAAGAUCUAAAGAAACUUAAGCAAUUGAAACAAAGUGAAGCAAAUGCAGAUACCAAGGAGAAGCUCCCAUUGCGUUUACGGAUCUUCGAAAAAUUCCCCAACAGACCUCAAAUGGUAAAAAUCUCCAAGCUCCCUUCGGAUUUUACAGUCCCCAAAAUAAGGGAAAGUUUUAUGAAGCAGUUUAUUGAUCGACAGCAACAAGAUACAACUUGUUUACUAAGAAGGCUUCCAUCAGCUUCUUCUUCUUCUUGUGACCACUCCAAAAGGCUUGCAAUUGAAGACAAAUAUAUUGACCAGAAGCUCCGCAAAUCUGUUUUCAGCAUUAGGGCAAGAAACCUUCUGGAAAAAGAGACUGCAAUCAAUAAAAUUCUUAGAGCCUGCACUCGCCAGCGCAUGCUCAGUGGUUCCUUUGAGGGGCAGCCUGCAAAAGAAAGGUCAAUUCUGAGUGUCCAGCAUCACAUACGGCAAGAACGCAGGUCACUAAGACAUGGAUCCAGCAGUCAACGAAUCAGCAGAGGAAAAUCUCUUGAAACUUUAACUCAAGAUCAUUCAAACACAGUGAGAUACAGAAAUGCACAGAGAGAAGACAGUGAAAUAAAAAUGAUCCAAGAGAAGAAAGAACAAGCAGAAAUGAAAAGGAAAGUCCAAGAAGAGGAGCUGCGAGAGAACCACCCUUAUUUUGACAAGCCUCUUUUUAUAGUUGGUCGUGAACACAGAUUCAGAAAUUUCUGCAGAGUGGUUGUACGAGCGCGCUUUAAUGCGUCAAAAACUGACCCUGUUACAGGAGCGGUGAAAAAUACCAAAUAUCAUCAACUAUAUGAUUUGCUGGGAUUAGUUACUUAUCUAGACUGGGUAAUGAUCAUUGUUACCAUAUGCUCCUGCAUUUCAAUGAUGUUUGAAUCUCCAUUUCGAAGAGUGAUGCAUGCACCAACACUUCAGAUCGCUGAAUAUGUUUUUGUAAUAUUCAUGAGCAUUGAACUUAAUUUGAAGAUUAUGGCUGAUGGCUUGUUUUUUACUCCAACGGCAGUCAUACGAGACUUUGGGGGUGUCAUGGAUAUAUUUAUAUAUCUUGUAAGCUUGAUAUUUCUGUGCUGGAUGCCCCAUAAUGUUCCUGCUAAAUCAGGAGGUCAGCUCUUAAUGGUGCUCCGAUGCCUCCGACCCCUUCGAAUAUUUAAGCUAGUGCCUCAGAUGAGAAAGGUUGUCCGAGAGCUAUUCAGUGGCUUCAAGGAAAUCUUUCUAGUUUCCAUUCUUUUACUGACCUUAAUGCUUGUUUUUGCAAGCUUUGGAGUUCAGCUAUUUGCUGGGAAACUGGCUAAAUGCAAUGACCCACAUAUUAUAGCAAGGGAAGAUUGCCAUGGCAUAUUCCGAAUAAAUGUCAGUGUUUCCAAAAAUCUAAAUUUAAAGCUUAGACCUGGUGAAAAAAAGCCUGGAUUUUGGGUGCCACGAGUUUGGGCCAAUCCACGGAACUUCAACUUUGACAAUGUUGGAAAUGCAAUGCUGGCAUUAUUUGAAGUCCUUUCUUUAAAGGGCUGGGUGGAAGUCAGAGAUGUUAUCAUUCAUCGUGUAGGACCAAUCCAUGGCAUCUAUAUUCAUGUUUUUGUGUUCCUAGGCUGUAUGAUUGGACUAACCCUUUUCGUUGGAGUUGUCAUUGCUAAUUUCAAUGAAAAUAAGGGAACAGCUUUGCUGACUGUUGACCAGAGGCGAUGGGAAGAUCUAAAGAGCAGACUCAAGAUAGCACAACCUCUUCACCUCCCACCUCGCCCAGAUAAUGAUGGAUUCCGAGCGAAAAUGUAUGAUAUAACACAGCACCCAUUUUUCAAGAGAACUAUUGCUGUUCUUGUUCUGGCACAAUCCGUGUUGUUAUCUGUUAAGUGGGAUGAUCAAGACCCAGUGACCGGUCCUUUAGCUGCAAUGUCUGUUGUCUUCACUUUCAUUUUUGUUCUUGAGGUUACCAUGAAAAUUAUUGCUAUGUCACCAGCUGGCUUUUGGCAAAGCAGAAGAAAUCGUUAUGAUCUCUUAGUGACAUCCUUGGGUGUCAUAUGGGUAAUCCUCCACUUUGCCAUCACUAAUGCCUACACAUACAUGAUGGGAGCAUGUGUCAUCGUUUUCAGGUUUUUCUCCAUCUGUGGAAAACAUGUGACCUUGAAGAUGCUGCUAUUGACAGUGGUUGUCAGCAUGUACAAGAGUUUUUUCAUCAUAGUAGGAAUGUUCCUGCUAUUGCUUUGCUAUGCCUUUGCUGGUGUAGUUUUAUUUGGCACCGUAAAAUAUGGCGAGAACAUCAAUAGGCAUGCCAACUUUUCAUCAGCUGGUAAGGCCAUUACUGUACUCUUCCGAAUUGUCACUGGCGAAGAUUGGAACAAGAUAAUGCAUGACUGCAUGGUUCAGCCUCCUUUUUGUACUCCAGAUAACAGUACAUACUGGAAGACAGAUUGUGGGAACUAUGCUGGUGCUCUUAUGUAUUUCUGUUCAUUUUAUGUCAUCAUUGCAUACAUAAUGUUAAAUUUGCUCGUGGCUAUAAUUGUGGAAAAUUUCUCACUAUUUUAUUCAACGGAGGAAGAUCAGCUCUUAAGUUAUAACGAUCUUAGACAUUUUCAAAUUAUAUGGAACAUGGUUGAUGACAAAAGAGAGGGAGUGAUUCCUACUUUCCGAAUCAAGUUUUUGCUGAGGUUACUGCGUGGGAGGUUGGAAGUGGACCUGGACAAGGACAAACUUCUGUUCAAGCACAUGUGCUAUGAAAUGGAGAGGCUGCAUAAUGGUGGAGAUGUAACAUUCCAUGAUGUACUAAGCAUGCUCUCCUAUAGAUCUGUUGACAUCAGAAAAAGUCUUCAGCUAGAAGAACUGCUUGCUAGGGAACAAUUGGAAUACACUAUAGAAGAAGAAGUGGCCAAACAGACCAUCCGUAUGUGGUUGAAAAAGUGCUUGAAGCGCAUUAGAGCAAAACAACAACAGUCAUGUAGCAUCAUCCACAGUCUCAGAGAGAGUCAACAACAAGAACUUAGUCGUUUCCUAAAUCCACCAAGCAUCGAGACAACACAACCAAGUGAAGAUAUGAAUACUAACAACCAAGAUAAUACACAGCCAGAGACAAGUAGUCAACAGCAGCUUCUUAGUCCAACACUUUCUGACAGAGGUGGAUAUCGCCAAGACUCUACUGAAGCUGGAAAACCUCAGCGAAAAUUUGGACAAUGGCGUUUACCAUCAGCUCCAAAGCCAAUAAGCCAUUCGGUGUCUUCAGUCAAUUUACGGUUCGGCAGCCGAACAACUAUGAAGUCUGUUGUGUGCAAGAUGAAUCCCAUGUCGGAUGUGGCUUCUUGUGGAUCAGAAGUUAAGAAAUGGUGGACAAGGCAACUAACUGUUGAGAGUGAUGAGAGUGGAGAAGACCUGCUUGAGAUCUGAUAGAUGGAACAGCUGGCAGUUAAACAAUACAAGACUAUUUAUAACAAGACCAAGCCUUUGAACUUAGUAUCCUUCAAUGUGACAAGACAAAACAGCUUCUAAUUAUUAUUGAACCUGAUUCUUAUGGUGAUGCUGAUUGAUGUAUUGGAAAAGAGGAAAUAGGUACAAUGCUUAUGAAAAGCAGAGGACUUGUAGCCUCUGUCCCAAGAAUCAUAAGAGCAACCUGUGUCUUUCUGCAGCCUCUUUAUGCCAUAUGCUCAAGUUGCUUUUUUAAACAUUUCAGGGACCUUGAAAAGCAGUUUGAUGUUUAUUGCUAAAAAUUGGUAAACUCCAAAGCUGCCAAUCAACUGUUUUAGAACAACAUGCAAGUGAUAGGUAAGCACUUCGAAAAAUAUGGAAAAGUUAUGAGAAAUAUACUCAGUGUGCUUUGGAGGGAAAUUUGCUAUGGAAGUGAAACUAAUCCUAAUAAAAUCUUUUGAUGAAAUGUUGCCAAUCUAAGGGGUUUCAAUCAUCUGGUUUAUAUGAGGAGUUGGAAUUAUGGAGCAUUUCAGAUUUCAUUUUAUUACAGCCCCCAAAGGUCUCAGCGAGAUCUGAUAAUCGUAAAGAGUGCUGGAGAUUCACCAACAUCUGGGAAGCUAUAUGAUUUCUACCCCGAUUUAAACAGUCAAUAUUUACAUGCGGUUUGUGCUACAUAGGCUUUAUAUAAUUAUUCUUUUUCUUGAUGUUAAUUCAUUGUUUUUAUUCUCUGUGUUCAUUCCAACACCCCACAUUAUCUUUUAGAAAGCUGUUUGCAGUCCAUUGAGUGGGCUGGGAAAAUCUUAGCCAUUACUGGAUAAAUACAGCCAGUGUGGUAGUUUGAGCAUUGGAUUAUGACUCUGGAGACCAGGGCACAUCCCCUCUCAGCUAUGCAGUCCACUGGGUGACCUUGAACCAGUCACACUUAGUCGGCAUGGAGAAGACAAAAAGAGCCAAGAAAAUUGGUCAAGUAUUUUCUCACCAUAGGUCAGAAAAUACUUGAAGGCACACAACAACGAUUUAACAAAUACAAGACAAUGUAUAUAUUCUUAAGAAACAUGUUUAAGAAUUUUAAUUUUAUUGAUUUGUAUCAAAUUAUACAUUCAGGCACUGUGUCCUUUUAUGCCAGAGCAAUGCAUUUUUAGCCUAAAAAUCCCCAUCACAGAGUACAAAAACAAUGCAAUUCCUUUUGUCAUUUUUUCCAAUCUUUUGCCCUCACCAGAAUGAUUACUAGAUGAAAGUCCUUUUUAAUAAACAAAUUCUGAAUUUACAAAUAUGUAUAUUCCCUUUUUAUAGCCAAUAUUGAGGGGGGUGUCAGAAAAAUAUUAUUUUAUUUCUUAUUUAAUUGCUAAUAUAAAGCCUUCCUGCAUAUUGACCUGGAAGAUUCGCCUCUACUCAUACCAGUCACAUUACUGUUGGGACAGGGAAUUCAGAACCGAAGCUUCGUUUUCUUCUCCCUUCCAUAUAAAUCCUUGGACAUAAAUAUGUUUUUGCUGAGCACAAAGGCUGUUUUGAGGAUUAUGGGUGACCUAGGAAGGGCCAUCAUGGGUGCUAUCCUGAGUGUUUUCUGUGAAGUCCAACAUCCUUUUAGCACCUGGAGCAGAUGAUCUAUGUAGAGAUAUCGAAUUUUGUGUUUGAUCUUCCUUUCUGAAAAUGUGCAGUUCUUGUACAAAAAGGUUUUCAUCCUUUGACUAAACAUUAUUACAAAAAAGAUUAAACAGCUUUAUAAUUAAUUCACUGUGUAAAAAUUCAUCACUGUGUUAUAUGUUUGAAAUGUAUUAAUCACAUGAUGCUGACAUUUUAUUUACAUUAUUGUUAUGUUCCCUCUCCUUCCUGAUAGUGAUUUUUUAAAUAAAAAAGAACAAAUUGUAUGAUACAAAUUAUAGUUCACUUGGCAGAGAGGUCAAUGCAUUUGGGAAACAAUGCUGUUUUAAAAUUCACUUUUUCUUGAUAAAUAUAAAGUUUGUGUAGAAAUUGACGGCAAAGCAGCUCUCAGUCAUCAAACAAACCUCAAAAUGCACCAGGGUACCACAGAGAGAUGCACUACAUACAUUUGCUCCAGAGAGUGAAAGAUAUCAAGAGCCUUAAAAGAAGACUAGAGGGAGACUUGCCCUAAUGUAAUGACUUCUUACAAUGCCUAAAUUAGAAAUGAGCCAUCUCAAAUAUAGAUACCAAAAAGUAUGUUGUGUGAGCCGUGUCCCCGAAAGUCAGAACAACUAUAUUACUGUCUGUAAUUUUAUAUUUGCCAAAUGAAUUUACGGAAAAGGUUAAGAAGAGCCUCUGUUUACUACCUCUGUUUACUAUCACACACAUACACACACAUUUCUGCUCCAUAAGGACAAAAUGAAAGGGUAAAGGCACCAGCAACUUGUGGUCCUUUUGGGGAUGACCCCCAUCCACUCUUGGACAAGGUGCCAAACCUGUGUAAACGUUCUCUUGAGUUUGCACUUAGUUCCAAUUUUAAAAUUAAAGUUUUCAGAAAGGUGUGACAGGAUAGUACAGUGUAUUGAUCCCAGCAAGAUAUGAAACACUUUAGCUGGAUCUACACUGCCCUGUAUCGCAGGAUCUGAGCCCAGAUUAUCUGCUUUGGACUGGAUUAUAUGAGUUUACAAAUGCCAGAUAAUCUGGAAUAAUCAGAUACUCUGGAAUCAGAUGCUGGGAUUUAGGGCAGUUCAAGUAGAACCAUGGUGUUAUAGUUGUGUAAAAGGGCCUUUGAUAAUGCUAUGCAUUCAUUAUUACCUUUUAUUCUGCCACGAAAGAAAUAUUACAUCCCAGAGCACAAGCAAGUAGCAGAUUUGAUUUAAUGUAUUCUAGUAUCUCAAAUUUCCAUCAGGUUCUAACUUUAUUUUGCUAUAAGGCCAAAAGGAAGAAAAAACACUUUUUUCUGGCAAAACCUGAGAAUGAAAUCUUUGCCACAGUUGCUUAGGGGUAAGGCCCACUGAAUAUAGUGAAAGAUACUUCUGAGUAAAACUAAAGAAGAUUGUGUUGUAAGUGUAAUCCUUUGGCUUCUGUUAUAUAAAGCAAGUUCAAACUGUGAUGAAUAACAACAAUCAUAUUACUUUUAGAAUACAAUUACAUUUAAUAAGGGAGGAGGAACAGGGUUCUUGCACCUUCAUACAAACAACAGUGCUUUUAGGAUUUUCUAUGUACUUCCCAACCUCAGCAUCUUAGGGAUGGGACCUUCACCACUACCAUUAUUUCCUAUGGAAAUUAUGUUGCACUGUUACAACCUAUCCUGGAUCUUUUAGGAGACUCAUCGGAAAUUUCACAAAUGAUAUGUUAAAUAUAAGAAAUGAUAACUGGAAAUUGUCCAUCCUCUUCAGUAGCCUUAUAGACAAAAGAAAACCCCCCCAGCAACACUGAAUGAGCUGGGGGUUUACUCAUGCUUUUGCUUUUUAAUGCAAAUUUUAUCUGAACCAAAAGCUGUGUUUCUGUAGACUCGGAAAGCAUUUGAUUCUCAAACUACUUUAAAUGCUGCUGUCUUUAAGACCUUAUAAUAUAUGUGCCUGAGUGUACAUUAUACUGUUCAGAUUUGAUGUUUCAAUUGGGAGAAAAGUCAAGUUCCUAUCAUGUUUCCUAAGUCUGUCUUCCCUGUUGUUUAAACUAGGUUGGAGCAAAAAAAUGUUACUGUCAAGGACUGUCUUUUCUUCUAUGUCCACUUGAGCAUCACAUUUUGUAUAAAUGAAAAAGAAAACAACAGGUGUGUUACUGGAUUUAUUUUAAAAUGCAUUCUCUUGAAAUUUCAAUAAUGUGCUGCAUUGAAAAAACUUUCCUAAUUGUUACAAUGGCAGGUGUUCUUUUUAAAUUGGUGGCAAACAUAUUUUGCCAUACUAUAUAAAUAAAAACCAAUUGCUUUCA